AAUACAGACUGUGAGACAUGGUUUGUAACUGCUCACAUUGCUGCUGGCUUUAGUGGAAAUUUUUAACUCAAAGGAUCCUUUAAACACAGAAAAAAAAUGGACAUUUUUGCAUAGUAAGAAGUUUUGGUUAAUUUUUACUCAAAAGGAGGGACAGAUCGGUUUGUUCUGAAAAAGUAAAUAACUCUGAAGUCAAGACUUGAGUGGGUUUUUGUGCACUAAUAUUUGUUUAUUCAUGCAUAAAUAAAGUAUUUGGUGUUUUGUGACCUCUAGUGGACACUAGUUAAGACUACUUUGGGCAGAAGUACAUGGUUAUUGAAUGAACCUCGUCAUCAGGCAAAUAAUUUUCCAUGUCAUCUUCUUAAUGGCUGAAAAGUUCAGUGGGCUCCUUUUAUCAUAGAUAGAAGAUAACGACUUGGAUUAAGGUGGGUUAUAUAUUGCUUGCUGUUCAGCAGGGACGGUCACUCAGAGCAUCGUAAGGUCUCCAAGUGCCUCAAGCAGGAUUGAUUAGAAGUGAUUUAUAUUGCUUAAAAUGGACACAGCUGUCUUCAGCAGCUGGCUUCUUUUUCUGCUGUUUUGCCCAGCUGUUCCCAUGUGUCUACCCACUGACUUCACCCUCUAUGUGGAAAAACCAGAAUGUGACUACUGUGUUGCAAUCAACACUACUAUCUGCAUGGGGUUUUGCUACUCAAGGGACAGUAACUUGAAGGAUAGCCUCCGUUCACGCUUCCUUAUCCAACGACGCUGCACUUAUGAGAAAGUGGAAUACCGCACGGCCGUCCUGCCCGGCUGCCCUUUUGACUCCAACCCUAUCUAUACCUACCCUGUGGCUCUUAGCUGCCACUGUGGUGCCUGUAGGACUGACAGCAAUGACUGCACGCACAGAGCCAGCAGAGAUGGAGCAAAGUGUACCAAACCAGUCACAAGUGUCCAUGCUCACCCUGCCCUGAGCAACUACAUGAUACCGUUCUGAUUCUUCUGUUCCUCUUCCUCAAAUCUCUUUUGUCUAAACUACAUGAAUGUUUUGAGAAAAGCUUAGUCUAACUUUAGCUUGAAUACAAUGAUAUUUGUGUUAUCUAUGCUAUCUAUUGCACCCACAUUGUUUUAAUGUAUCAUUGUCCAACAUGUCGUGCUGUUUCUCAGUUUACAAUGGGUGUUGGUCCCAGUGCAUACUUUUUUGUCAGCCCCAUUAGUUAUCCUUUUGUUCACUUUAGUGUGACUGACAGACAUUUUUUUGUGUUUACUCUGAAAGGGAUUCUCUGAAUACAAACCCAAUUAAAGAUGAAGUCUCUAAAUA